AUGGCUGGUGGAGUUCAGGGCGCCUACUUGUCUGUGUGGGCACCUCGUGCUGCUACAGUGGUGAAAUGUCUUGUCAUUGACGUCGCCAAUGGUCAGGUAGCCCCAAAAGGUGAUGUGUUUAACACCGUUGUUCAGAUCACCUGCUCUCCUGGAUUCAAGCUUAAUGGAGCACAGCAACUCCGCUGUGAAGAUGGUUCCUGGACACCAAAUGUUCCCACCUGUGAGCCAGUGAAAUGUCCAGCCAUUGAUGGUCAGGUUGCCCCAAAAGAGGUUGUGUUUGACACAGUUGUUCAGAUCACAUGCUCUCCUGGAUACAAGCUGAAUGGACCACAGCAACUCCGCUGUGGAGCAGAUGGUUCCUGGACACCAGGUGUUCCCACAUGUGAGCCAGUGGUUCAAACAAAUAAACAGUGUGGUGAACCAAGGAAAUAUCCAGACAAGCUGCUGGACAACAAAUACCUUCUUGCUUUGGUAUUCAGACACGGAGACAAAAUUGUGUAUAAAUGUGCUCCUGGUCACAUGCAAGCAGGUGGUAGUCCAAUAUCGUUUUGUAUGGAUGGACAGUGGACAGCCUUGAACCUGAAAUGUUCUCCACAUGCUGCUGAUAUCUCAGUCACUGGUUCCUCUGUAAAAUGUCCCAUCAUUGAUGUCCCACAUGGUUUUGUAGUCAAUGCUAAGGGUUCUCUACGUGAGGCUGUGUCGAACAGCGUUGUUCGGAUCACCUGCUCCCCUGGAUUCAGACUGAAUGGAGCGUCGCAACUCCGCUGUGGAGCAGAUGGUUCUUGGACCCCAAGUGUUCCCACCUGUUCUCCACAUGCUGCUGACAUCUCAGUUGCUGGUUCUGCUGUAAAAUGUCCUGUCAUUGAUGUCCCACAUGGUUUUGUAGUCAAUGCUAAGGGUUCUCUACGUGAGGCGGUGUUGAACACCGUUGUUCGGAUCACCUGCUCCCCUGGAUUCAGACUGAAUGGAGCAUCACAACUCCGCUGUGGAGCAGAUGGUUCUUGGACACCAAAUGUUCCCACCUGUGAGCCAGGUUCUCCACAUCCUGCUGACAUCUCAGUCGCUGGUUCUGCUGUAAAAUGUCCCAUCAUUGAUGUCCCACAUGGUUUUGUAGUCAAUGCUAAGGGUUCUCUACGUGAGGCGGUGUUGAACACCGUUGUUCGGAUCACCUGCUCCCCUGGAUUCAGACUGAAUGGAGCAUCACAACUCCGCUGUGGUGCAGAUGGUUCCUGGACACCAAAUGUUCCCACCUGUAAGCCUGUGACGUGUCCAAUCAUUGACGUUGCCAAUGGACUUGUACUCUAUGCUAAAGGGUCGCCACGUGGGACUGUGUUUAACACUGUUCAGAUCACCUGCUCCCCUGGUUUCAGACUGAAUGGAGCAUCGCAACUCCGCUGUGGAACAGAUGGUUCUUGGACCCCAAGUGUUCCCACCUGUGAGCCAGUGAAAUGUCCAGUCAUUAACAUCACCAAUGGUGUGGUAAUGACCAAUACAAAGGGUUCCCUGCAUGAGGCUGUUUUUGACACCAUUGUUCAGAUCACCUGCUCCCCUGGUUUCAGACUGAAUGGAGCAUCGCAACUCCGCUGUGGUGCAGAUGGUUCCUGGACACCAAAUGUUCCCACCUGUAAGCUAGGUUCUCCACAUGCUGCUGAUAUCUCAGUCUCUGGUUCCUCUGUAAAAUGUCCCAUCAUUGAUGUCCCACAUGGUUUUGUAGUCAAUGCUAAGGGUUCCCCACUUGAGGCUGUGAACACCGUUGUUCAGAUCACCUGCUCCCCUGGAUUUAGCCUGAACGGAACUGCGCAACUCCGCUGUGGAGCAGAUGGUUCUUGGACCCCAAGUGUUCCCACCUGUGAGCCAGUGCAAUGUCCAGUCAUUAACAUUACCAAUGGUGUGGUAAUGACCAAUACAAAGGGUUCCCCACUUGAGGCUGUGUUUGACACCACUGUUCAGAUCACCUGCUCUCCUGGAUACAAGCUGAAUGGAACGCAGCAACUCCGCUGUGGAGCAGAUGGUUCCUGGACCCCAAGUGUUCCCACCUGUGAACAAGUGACUUGUUCCACACCUGUGGUGGCAAAUGGAGUGCUGACAAAUGGAGAGAGUCCAUCGUACAAGCCCAAAGACACCGUGAUCUUCAUGUGCAGGGAGGGCUUUGAUAUGACUGGCUCACCAUAUGUCACAUGUGGAUUAGAUGGCCAGUGGCAGGACUUGCCUCGUUGUCUCAAUCAGAUGCAAAAACCUUAA